CAGAACGCUCGGUGAGGAGCUGAGGAGCGGCUGCUGCCCGAGCUGCGCACAGCUACGCGCACCUUCCCGCUCCCCCACGCCGGCCUCAGCCCGCUCAGCGGCUGUAGAAAAUGGUGAAGGAAACGACUUACUAUGAUGUUUUGGGGGUCAAACCCAGUGCUACCCAGGAAGAGUUGAAGAAGGCUUAUAGGAAACUGGCCUUGAAGUACCAUCCUGAUAAGAAUCCAAAUGAAGGCGAGAAGUUUAAACAGAUUUCUCAAGCUUAUGAAGUUCUCUCUGAUGCGAAGAAAAGGGAAUUAUAUGACAAAGGAGGAGAGCAGGCAAUUAAAGAGGGUGGAGCAGGUGGUGGUUUUGGCUCCCCAAUGGACAUCUUUGAUAUGUUUUUUGGAGGAGGAGGAAAGAUGCAGAGAGAAAGAAGAGGUAAAAACGUUGUACAUCAGCUGUCAGUAACCUUAGAAGAUUUAUAUAAUGGUGCAACAAGAAAACUGGUCCUGCAAAAGAAUGUGAUUUGUGACAAAUGUGAAGGCCGAGGUGGUAAGAAAGGAGCAGUAGAGUGCUGUCCCAAUUGCCAAGGUACUGGAAUGCAAAUAAGAAUUCAUCAGACAGGACCUGGAAUGGUUCAGCAAAUUCAGUCUGUGUGCAUGGAGUGCCAAGGCCAUGGAGAGCGGAUCAGUCCUAAAGAACCAUAUGAAAAGGGUCGCCUAAUCAUUGAAUUUAAGGUGAACUUCCCUGAGAAUGGCUUUCUGUCUCCUGAUAAACUCUCUUUGCUGGAAAAACUUCUACCUGAAAGGAAGGAAGUAGAAGAGACCGAUGAAAUGGACCAGGUAGAACUGGUGGACUUUGAUCCAAAUCAGGAAAGGCGGCGCCAUUACAAUGGAGAAGCAUAUGAGGAUGAUGAACAUCAUCCUCGAGGUGGUGUUCAGUGUCAGACUUCUUAAUGGGGCCAGUGAAUAACACUGCUAGCAUUUUAUAUGCAGUAGUGAAUGAGUGAAGGACUGUAAUCAUAAUAUGCUCACUACUUGCUAUUGUUUUUGUUUUAAUAUUCAGCUAUAGUAGUGUUUUAAAAAGUUAAAUGAAGAAUAAAUGCAAAUAUAAAAGCUGACUUUGCCCUGUAUGUAUGAUGACUUCAGUGUG